GGGGCGCGGUGGGGUCUUCACCGCGGAGCUCGGAUUGUGCCUGGGUUGGGGCUGGCAGUGAUUCAUUGCGGCCGCAGGCGGCGAGCGGCUGCCUGGGCCGGCUGUCCUGUGGGGCUUUUUCCAUCAGCAUGUGCGCGGCGCCCGCGAAGUAACGGAUUUGUUGCCCAGAGCCCCUUCCCCUUCUGACUCUGGACCCUGAUAGGUGGGCUGGCGGAGGAGGUGGAUGACAAAGUUCUUCAUGCUGCUUUUAUUCCUUUUGGAGACAUCACAGAUAUUCAGAUACCUCUGGAUUACGAAACAGAAAAGCACCGAGGAUUCGCUUUUGUUGAAUUUGAGUUGGCAGAGGAUGCUGCGGCAGCUAUCGACAACAUGAAUGAAUCUGAACUUUUCGGGCGGACAAUUCGUGUCAAUUUGGCCAAGCCAAUGAGAAUUAAGGAAGGCUCUUCCAGACCAGUUUGGUCAGAUGAUGACUGGUUGAAGAAGUUUUCGGGGAAGACUCUUGAAGAGAGUAAAGAGGAAGAAGGGUCAGAGCCUCCCAAAGCAGAAACCCAGGAGGGAGAGCCCACGGCAAAAAAGGCCCGGUUGAAUCCUCAGGUGUACAUGGACAUCAAGAUUGGGAACAAGCCAGCCGGCCGUAUCCAGAUGCUCCUGCGUUCAGAUGUCGUUCCCAUGACAGCAGAGAAUUUCCGCUGCCUGUGCACCCAUGAAAAGGGCUUUGGCUUCAAGGGAAGCAGCUUCCACCGCAUCAUCCCCCAGUUCAUGUGCCAGGGCGGCGACUUCACGAACCACAACGGCACGGGGGGCAAGUCCAUCUACGGCAAGAAGUUUGAUGAUGAAAACUUUAUCCUCAAACACACGGGACCAGGCCUUCUCUCCAUGGCCAACUCCGGCCCAAACACCAACGGCUCCCAGUUCUUCCUGACGUGUGACAAGACAGACUGGCUGGAUGGCAAGCACGUGGUGUUUGGGGAGGUCACCGAAGGCCUGGAUGUCUUGCGGCAGAUUGAGGCCCAGGGCAGCAAGGACGGGAAGCCAAAGCAGAAAGUGAUCAUCGCUGACUGUGGAGAGUAUGUGUGAUCUGGCUCUUUCUCUGCUCUGCCCUCUCUCUGCUCCUGCCCGUGUGUCCAGGGGAACCAGCAGGGGGUCCCUGAGGGUGUCCCUUUGAAGAAGCAGCGUUUG